AUGCAGCGCGAACGCUUGACCGUCGAGUUCCCGGAGAACUUUCGGUGCCACAUCACUACCAAGGUAGGUAAACCCUUGGGAAAGAGUAGAACGAGCGUUGGCAAGCCAACCGAACUCACCGUGGCCAGCGACACGACGUUUGGUGUUGUGUCUGCCCUGGUCGUUGACAACGUCUCCGCUGCGAUUGCCGACUACCACGCCGACACAUCGAAUGCCAAGCUCCUGUGGGACCCACAGGUUCCAACGGAAGUGUAUGUAAAGGUUGCAGCCAACACGACCCAUGAUAAACGUGCAACCUCGAACAACCUCGUGACUGCGGCAGUUCGCGUUGCAGGAUACAUUGAGGACCAGAGCCUGGCCCUUGGCCCGCUCCAAAGCGACUACGUUACUGUCGUGACGGCUCGUUUGCCGCCGUCCGCCCCCGUCGAAAUCCCGACAAAUGCGACGAUGCAACAACUCGGUCACAUUGAUGUUAUGGCUGCUCGUCAUGCCGACGAACGCCGGCACGAAAUGAAUUCCCAGACCACGGAAAAGUACCGUAGGGUUCGUGUUCGUUUUGGCACUAUGGCCAGCGCCCCAGUGGAUUGUUUUCUGUUGGUCGAAGACCUUCGGAGCAUUCUAGGAAUUCCUCCAUUUGACCUGACGCCAUCCUAUCGCGAACCAUUUGUGGGGGAAGUUGUCGCCCGCUACAUUGGCCCGCUCCAAACCGACUACGCUACUGUCGUGACGGCUCGUUUGCCGCCGUCCGCCCCCGUCAAAAUCCCGACAAAUGCGACGAUGCAACAACUCGGUCACAUUGAUGUUAUGGCUGCUCGGCACGAAAUGAAUUCCCAGACCACGGAAAAGUACCCCCGCUACAUUGGCCCGCUCCAAACCGACUACGCUACUGUCGUGACGGCUCGUUUGCCGCCGUCCGCCCCCGUCAAAAUCCCGACAAAUGCGACGAUGCAACAACUCGGUCACAUUGAUGUUAUGGCUGCUCGGCACGAAAUGAAUUCCCAGACCACGGAAAAGUACCGUAGGGUUCGUGUUCGUUUUGGCACUAUGGCCAGCGCCCCAGUGGAUUGUUUUCUGUUGGUCGAAGACCUUCGGAGCAUUCUAGGAAUUCCUCCAUUUGACCUGACGCCAUCCUAUCGCGAACCAUUUGUGGGGGAAGUUGUCGGUCCAAGUGUCAACAUGGAUGACAUUGAUCACAUUAAUCUCUAG